AAUUCCAAGAGAUCAAUAAAUUCACAUUACAUUUCACUUGGAUAGAUCACCGUCUCUGUUUGAACUUGAAGGUAACUCAUAAGAUUGAUCAAAAAGCAACAAGAAGAUGGCUCAAAAGGUGGAAGCACAAGGAGGGAAAGGAGGAAAACAAUGGGACGAUGGAUCAGAACACGACGCAGUGACCAAGAUUCAGGUUGCAGCAGGAGGGAGCGGCAUCCAGUACGUUCAGUUCGAUUAUGUCAAGAACGGUCAAACCGUAGAAGCCCCUCUUCGUGGUGUCAAGGGCCGUAGUAUCGCAGCUGAUCCGUUUGUGAUUAGCCAUCCGGAGGAGCAUCUAGUUUCUGUAGAAGGUUGGUAUAACCCUGAAGGUCUCAUUCAAGGUCUCAAGUUCAAAUCAAACAAGAAGACUUCUGAACUCAUUGGAUACGAUGAUGGUACUCCAUUUACACUCCAAGUUCAAGACAAGAAGAUCAUUGGCUUUCAUGGGUUUGCCGGAGACUAUGUCCAUUCUCUUGGAGCUUACUUUGCUCCGUUGACUAGUUCAACUCCGUUGACUCUUGCCAAGAAGAUACCAGCACUUGGCAGCGAUGAAGGAACUGCAUGGGACGAUGGUGCUCACCAAGGUGUUAAAAAGGUGUAUGUCGGUCAAGGCCAGGAUGGUGUAUCAGCGGUUAAGUUUGAGUAUGUCAAUGGCUCUCAAGUGGUUGUUGGAGAUGAACGUGGAAAGACGACUCUACUCGGAUUCGAAGAGUUCGAACUAGACUAUCCAAGUGAAUACAUCACGGCUGUUGAUGGCACAUUCGAUAAAAUCUUUGGAAGUGACUCUGCGGUCAUCACCAUGCUUAGGUUCAAGACUAAUAAACGAACAUCUAAUCCCUUUGGGAUGGAAGCUGGCAUACCCUUCGAACUCAAAGAGGAAGGCCACAAGAUGGUUGGGUUUUAUGGGAAAGCCAAUGAGGUGCUUCAUCAAGUUGGAGCUCAUGUCCUACCCGUCACCAACUGACCAUGUCAUCUUGUCUUUGAAUCCAUCUAAUAAGUUAUCUGUCUUAUGUGUCUUCUAAAGUUGUCAUCUGAAGUUUUUUUUUUUAUAUAUAUAUGUUUAUGUCUCUAGUGUCCUUUGAAUAAGUUGUUUUGGUUUUCAUGUUUCUGUUUGAAACUAGUUGAGUUUGUUUGUAAUCCUAUGAAUGUGAUCUUGUUUUGUUU